CACGCCUCUGCCCAGUCUCCAUGACGAUUCGUUGCCGUCGUCCGAGGCGACAAGUGACGUGUUCGUCACGCUCGCCUCGUCGCAGAGCAGCCAAGUCUCGCAGAUGGCCUCGUCGUUUGGCGACUCGGACAGCCGCGGCGGCCUCGUCUCGUUGCAGCCUCGUCGUCGGGCCAAGACGAGCCCCGCGCCUCUGACCGACGACUCGACGUCGUUGCGCGGCCGGACUACAACAGUCUGGCCGGGACUCGAGUUGCCCGUUGCUGUCGCCAUGGCAAUGGCCGUCUUGACGUCUAGUCCGUCGAGCCAGUCCGAGUGGUAUUGGCGCACGGUGACCGAUUCGCCGACGCCCGACACCGCCACUUCGCAGGCUCGUUUGAAGAUGGCCGAGCUUGACGACGUCUCGACGACUCCACGCCCCAGAAACACGCCCACCCCGACCUCUGGGCGUCCUCCUUCGGUGGCCGCCUCGUCUCGCCCCAUUCAACUCGAGGUGGUCCGACAAGCCGACAGUUGUUGGCUCACCUCAUUGGCCGAGCUCGAGAUGAUUCGUCAAGUCUGCCUUGACGACCAGCUUCGGUUGUCCGAGCGGGGGGCCCCGAAUGAGCGACAUCUGAUUGGUCGUAACGAGAAGAUGUACUCGACGCGAGAGGAUGACGGCGAGACAAAGUGGCGCCGGCAAAGAGGUGAAGAGAGGCGGGAGGAGCAGAAGGCGAGGACGAGGCGGGGGCCGGUUUGCGUCGGUGAAGACGAAAUGGGCGACUGGGAGUCGACGUCUGGCCUGUUGGAGGCCAACUCGACGUCCAAGUCGCUCUGGCUGCCGUCCGAAAGGGAGAUUCGCCUCCUCCUUUCCGACGAACUGGCACAACUCUGCGCCAAAGAGUGGAUUAUCCCCUCGCUGCUCCUCGUCCAGGCCCAACUCACCUUGGACACCAUCACCUCGGCCAGCUUCACCAGCUUCGUCACGUCGCCAUCUCGACCCGCCUCGCCGGAAGCCUCGUCUUUUUUCGCCUCCGAGGCUGCCACAUUGUCGGUCGCCUCGAUCUCGUUGCCCCCGGCAACUGACACGCUUGACAUCGGAUCGUGUCUUCUCAUCACUCGAACGAGCCGAUUCAGCUGUGACGAGUUGCCCUCGGCAACCGGUAUCGGUUGGGACGGCGUCGAGCCAGACAGAGGCCAGACUGACCGGUUUUUCGAGACCAGCACCAACAACACUCUGCCUUUUGUGUUUUGUGGCGUCGUCACGCGACAACCGAUCGUCAUGCCGCCCGGCGAUCACGACGACGCCUCCAGUUGCCAGAGCUCGGGCUGCAACAGUGUCCGCAAACACGGCUGGCACUGGCAGCAACUGCAACAACAGCAACGGCCACAGCAACAAGAAACGCCGUCCAGACGGACGGCCCUGCUGGACGUCAGUCUGCGGAUGCACGGGGAGACGGUAUCACAUCAAAGUGGUAGGAUGGCCUACGAGUUGAGUGUGGCGCUGACGGAGAUGAACAUCUUCAAUUUGGCGCUGGCCUCCACC